AAGAUUGAGUCCAACGCUGGACCACCCCACAUUGUUCUGACCUGGUUCUCAGCAGCAUAACUGGACAGACAUCAUCUACAGAUUCGACUAGGUGAGAUCAGAAUCAGAGUGAAUUCAGGUAUGGAUUUUCAGCUCUCUAGGGCAACUCUUAGUCUCCAGUGAUAGAGCAGAGCUCUAUCCAGUAGCCUCUAUGAUGCUUGGACUGGAAAUAAAUAUAGGUCUUGCAUUCCUCUGUAACAUCAGUGUGAACAGCUUUUCUGUUUAGCUGUGUAAGGAAAUAAAGCAUUAAAAUUAUAAACUUACUCUACAUUUGAUCGUAUCAAUUUAGAUGAAAUUGAGCGAUAUUUGAGCAUUUCUUCAGUAAACAUAGCAAUGGAGCAUGAGUUACAGCAGCAGCAUUUUCUCACAUCGCUUUCUGUUCUUUUAUCAGCUGUGUGCUCUUCGUUUAUUGCCUCCCCUGAGUCAUCAGUAUUGGUCUAAUGGACUGGAACAGCCUAAGAGUACAGAAGAAUCCAAGGCCGAAUUCUUAGUUGCAGAUAUCCAUUGUAGAUGUCUAAAACUAAGAGUCAUCGUGCUUGUGCUGAACGGGUGGCAGAGCUGUGUUCCAAGUCCUAGCCCAGCAAAGCUGCUCGGGAAGGAGGAGGCUCGUGAUAAACAUCAUGUCAAUGGAAACAGAAUGGUAGAACCUUUCCCAGAGGGAACACAGAUGGCUAUAUUUGGUAUGGGCUGCUUCUGGGGAGCUGAGAGGAAGUUUUGGAGACAGAAAGGAGUCUACUCCACUCAUGUGGGUUACGCAGGAGGGUAUACUCCAAAUCCUACCUACAAAGAAGUCUGUUCAGGGAGCUUAUCUUUGCUGUAUUGUCAAGCACACUGGACAGGAACCAAAUUGAUUUUAUCAAAAUUUUCAUUACAGGUAGAACUGGCCACAUGGAAGCUGUACGAGUGGUAUAUCAGCCAGAAAACAUCAGCUUUGAGAAACUGCUCAAGGUCUUCUGGGAGAAUCAUGACCCGACACAAGGUAUUGACAGAAAGCGGUUUUGGUGCCAUCACAACAGAAAUCCGGGAGGCUCCGGAGUUUUAUUACGCUGAAGAUUACCAUCAGCAGUACCUCAGCAAGAACCCCAACGGAUACUGUGGCCUCGGGGGAACAGGGAUUUCCUGCCCCAUCGGGAUCAGGAAAUAGCUUGUGCUCAUGGCACCCCCAGUGCUUUGUUCUAGGGGGUUGUUCUGAAAAGGCCGACAGCAAUGAGAGGUGUUCCGGUACCCACAGCAUCAGCACAUCAAGAUUUGGGAUGGCUUGCUGUAAUCUGAGCAGCUUCCUGGUCGUUGACAUUAAAAGCCAAGGAGAUUUGGAAAUUUUGCUUGCUGGCCAAUGCAGCUUCUUGCUCUGUGCAGUUCCCUGGUUUCCUCAUGAGCUUGAAAUUUAGAGAGGAAAGAAACUUCUUAAAGUUUGGCUUGAAACGCUGUUAAAGGGAUGGAUUAUGGGGUGGCUGCACCCAUUAAGCACUUUGCAUAGCUAAUGUCUAUAGGCAUACUUAUUUUCUUGGAUUGAUGAAUUUGUUCAUGCUUUAGCUUUGACUUCUGGAGACAUGGCUGAGCUCAUCUUAGCUAUCACAACCCUGUAAUUUGAUGUCUUUGAGAAUGAUGAAUUUAGAAGAUCAGUAAUUCUCUCACAAUUCCACUUUUGCUGCAACGUGUAAUAUCACCUAUAGUGCCUAUUUUCUGAAGCAAUUUUAGUAAGAAAAAGUAAAAAUUGUAAUGUGAUACUUUUGACAGUUCCAAAAAAUGUACAAACACAGAAAGAAAUCAAUUUGGUUUCCUGCACUACAAUAAAUUACAAAGACAGGAAAGAAAAAUGC